AUCUAGUUUGGGAGAGCUCCAAGUUUCGUUAUUUUGGUGCCAAAGUACGACCAGAGCAGUCAUUGUUACCUAACCAUAAUAAUACUCGCUUUUUAUUAAUUUUCCCAAGAUCAUUACGGUCAAAACCCUUAUUGAUAAAUAUAAGUGAAUUCGUGAAUAGUUUUAUAGAUCACCAGCGGUGUUUUGAUGGCCGUUGAUAAUUUUAUAAUGCAUGCGUGUGUACUGUAAUAAGUAGAUGUAAUUCCACCGCAAUUCAUUGGACGUAAUUUAGAUAAAGAUUAUACUGUGGUAAAUGUCAAGAUAAAGGAUUUUAUUGUGGAGCUUCAUAGAAAAGACGUGUUGGAGAAAUAGUUGACUUAUUUCCAUAUUAACUGUGAGACCGAGUGCGUCGGUGAAAACUACUACCUCUGUCAAGAUCGGAAAAAUGGCUGCGGACUUGGUUGACUAUAAGAUUCGCGAAGAAUGCGAAGUUCUGCACUUGACAGAUAAACAAACCAAGGAGAUUAUGAGCAGACUCCAUAAUGAUUUGGUCAAAGGGCUUGGAAAAGACACACAUGCUGAUUCCAUUGUCAAGUGCUGGAUCACUUACAUUCAAGAUUUACCCAAUGGAAAAGAACGCGGUAAAUUCCUCGCUUUGGAUUUAGGAGGAACUAAUUUCAGAGUUUUAAUUAUAAACUUAGGAGAAAAUCACUUUGACAUGCAGUCCAAAAUUUACGCUAUUCCAAAUCAUAUUAUGACUGGUACAGGUGUCGCCUUAUUUGAUCAUAUAGCUGAAUGUUUAGCUAACUUUAUGAAGGAGCAUGAUGUUUACGAAGAGAGACUAGCCCUUGGUUUUACGUUUAGCUUCCCUCUUAAACAAUUGGGACUCACAAAAGGAAUUCUGCAGCGAUGGACAAAAGGCUUUUCUUGUUCUGGCGUAGUAGGAGAGGAUGUCGUUCAAGGUCUCAAGGACGCGAUUGCUAGACGAGGGGACCUUUCCUUAACUGUGAUGGGCAUUCUUAAUGAUGCAACCGGCACUCUUAUGUCGUGUGCACAUAAGAAUCCAAAUUGCCGAAUAGGGAUUAUAAUUGGUACUGGAAGCAAUGCUUGCUACGUAGAGAAGACAGAGAACUGUGAAUUGUUUGAUGGUGCGCCUGGAAAACCUGAACUCCUUAUUAACACCGAGUGGGGUGCAUUCGGAGACGAUGGUGCACUGGAUUUCGUCCGCACAGAGUUUGACCGCGAAGUCGAUAACAACUCCAUUAAUAAAGGAAAACAAAUACAAGAGAAGAUGAUUUCUGGCAUGUACAUGGGCGAAUUGGUUCGCUUAGCGCUAGUGAAGUUCACAAAGAUGGGACUCCUGUUUGGUGGACGCGGCUCAGAUCUGUUAUUCCAGCGUGGAAGCUUCUACACCAAAUACGUAUCAGAAAUCGAGUCUGACAAACCAGGAGACUUCACCAGUUGCAUGGAGGUGCUGGAAGAACUCGGUCUAUCCCACGCGUCGGAGGCUGACAUGGCAGCGGUGCGCCACGUGUGCGAGUGCGUGUCGAGGCGCGCGGCCCACCUGGUGUCGGCCGGCAUCGCCUGCCUGCUCAACAAGAUGAACGAGCCCCGCGUCACCGUCGGCAUCGACGGCUCCGUCUACCGUUUCCACCCUCAUUUCCACACACUCAUGUGCGAAAAGAUCGCGCAACUUGUGCGGCCCGGCAUCCAGUUUGACCUGAUGCUGUCAGAAGACGGUAGCGGCCGUGGUGCCGCCCUAGUAGCUGCAGUGGCGUGCCGCCAGAGCGGCUCCGUCGCGUAGACAACACCUGCCUGCACCGCACACGGCGAACUCUCCGACGACACGCGUUCCCCGCGACAACUCUGAGCCUUCGCAUGUAAGCCGCCUAAGCAAACAGACACUGCAGUGAUUAUCUCCUAAAUACUAACAAUAUAUUUUUAACAAAAAAUAUUUACACCUACGUGUACCUUCUAUCACUAAAAAAGUUUUUAACUGUUGUUUACAGUUUUAUGUCAUACCCACAAUAUACUUGACCGUUUAAAAGGAUGGCUCCAUCUUGCGGUUAAUUCAGUAAGUUUAAAUAAAACAUUAGGCCGUAGUUUUCAAAACUCCAACGGCUUUCAUGCAUCUGCUCUCUGUUGGAUUAAAAAAAAUGUCGUUGCUAAAAAAUAUUUCUGUUCCAAUCUUUUGGCACGUUAGACACUAAGAUUCAAUAUUUCGCCGAAUACGGGAACUUAAUUUUACUUAAAUGCGAUUUGUUGUGUACUUAUAAUGACUUAAAUCUAGUCAUGGGAUUAAGAGCUGGCCUUUAUAAAGUUCUGUAUUUAUUAUUUUUGUAUAUUUUAUUAAGGCUCUUACACACCUAAUUUUGAAAUAUGUAAAAGAAUAAGACUGAUGUAUAGAUGAUAAUAUCAUCGAUAUAAUUAGUCUACAAAAUUAAAAUUGAUCUUAGUGUCGAUCGGAAAACCGCGAUACCGAGCAUUUCCUUGCCAGCAUACUGUAAUAUGGCUCAGAAUUCUUUUCAGUGACUUGUGUUAGCAAUAAGUAGUUAGUGAUAUAGUUAUGUAUAUUAUAUCGGAGAGAUAGCUCUUAUAUUGUUAAGUAGGUAUGUAAUUUUAUAUACUAAUAGCAACUGUUAAUAAAAUUAGAAUGAUGAUAUUAAAAAUUACUUAAAAACUGAACACUAAUUACGAAGUACUUCUUUAGAUGCAUUGUUUAUUCAUACAAUAAUAUAGACAUAUUUUAUACAUCGACGAUGUCGACUGAUGUAUUUUCUAAACAUUUAUCCGUUAUUUUGUUAUAAUUCAAGUGCUGAGUACUUAAAAUGACACCGUUUAUAUAAGAUUUUAUCGAAGCUCUGGCUAGACUAACAAGGACCACACAAAAUACUAUAUUGAAAUUAAAUUAACUAACUUUUGCCAUUUAAUAGGAUUAUCCUGAUAUUGAUGCUAUAAGACAGUUAAAUUUUGAUGUGAAUCUCAAAAUCUUCUUGGUAAAUGGCAGUUAAAGAUCUAACUAAAGCACAUCACUAAUACUUACUAUGGACGUGCAUAGUUACAGCACAUUUUUAAUAGCAUCAUUCCAGCAAGAUGUUGUAUAAUAGCUAUGAGAACUUUAAAAGAUUGCCUAGCCAGUUUAUGCAAUGAAAAAUUAUUUUAAUAGAGCUAUAUUAGAUACUAAAAUUAGAUCAAUGAAAUUAAAGAAGUUGCUUAAGUGUUUUGAUAUUUUACUGUGAUAGAACUAGGACUAGUUCAAGUAUAUUAUUUUCUACAAAUAGUUUAUCAACUUUUUUUUUAAUAAUUAGCACUUGAAGCCGUUUGGGUGCGUAUAAUUUGGUCUGAAUUAAACAAAAUAUGUAACACAACAAUAGUAAACAUUAAAGGAACAGCAGUGUUAUUCAAAGUGUUUCGAUUAUAAUCGGGUGCACGAUUUCGCAACAUACAUAUAAUGUAUAAAUCAACCACGCCCAAUCAUAGUUCCUAGUUUCAUUAUAUAGGUGCAUUUUAAUUUAUGUAUGAUACGUUAUGUGUUGUUACAUGUGUGUGCUACCGUACUGUGACGAACACUCUUAGAUUUAUUUACAAUUACUAUGUUAUUUAUUAAUAUCGGUGAAUUAAGUAUACAAUUUUAGAAUUUAUUAAGUAGACACAUCUUUUCUUUUAACAAAAAAUGUAAGUACAUUAUAAUUUAGUAGCACUAAUGUAUAACUUAACCACGUCAUAACAAUGGUUUUAUUUUGCGUAAAAUUAUGGAUGAAUAUAAAAGUACAAGAAUAUUUUUCAUGUAUUUUAUUGAUGUAAUACAGGAAUAUGCGGUAAUAAAAUAUGGUUGCAGUUUGCUAUGCUCUAUUUAUUGUAAACAAUUCGGCAAUGAAUAAUAUAAUAAAAUAUGUUCACUUUACAUGCUUUGCUCAAACGGAAAUUGUAUAUACAAUAUUAUAUUUAUAUAAAUUACAGGAAUCUAAGAAGUACCCUUAAGGUUUCUUGUUUCAUAAUUGUAUGACCAUUUAAAGGUAUGGAAACUUUCUGCAAUAAUUAACAAAAUGCCACAUUCCAUUGUAUCUGGAGGGUCAUAAAUUGUGUGUUGAUUUUAUUACUACCCGCAGAAAAUGUACAUAUCAAUAAGCCAAAAAUAUCGUAUGGCGUACAUAUAUUUAUUUAUGUUUAGAAAUAGCUAUGUAUUUUAGAUAUUUUUUUUUCAAAAAUUAUUGAUUGUUAUUAUUAUUACAUGCUUAUAGAUAUUUUUUGUAAUAAGUUCAAUUAUGUUUGAACCUGUGUAAGGUAGUAAUCAAAUUCAUUAUAUACCUACACGCUAAAGUAUAGGAGCCCCUAGAAAUGUUAUUAUUUCAAAAAUAAAUUUGUAUAAAACCUAA